AGUAUCGAUCAGUGACUGCCUAAGAUCAGUGUAGAAAGGUAAAAUGUUCGUCAAAUACUCCAUCUGCAGUUUUUUGUUCGUUAUAGGACUAUUUUCGAUUCCACACAUACAAUGUGCCGAAAAGGAUGCGAAAAUCGUUGGAGGAACAACAACAACAAUAUCCCAGGCACCAUAUAUAAUACAGUUAAUGAAGAACGGGCAAGUUAUAUGUGGCGGAGCAUUGAUAUCAACAACUUUAGUUCUUACUGCUGCACAUUGUGUAUCUGAUUCAAAAGUCAGUCAAAUACAAGUUCGAGGAGGAACUACUAACUUGAACAGCGGUGGAGUAGUUCGUAGUGUAACUAAAAUUGUGAGAUCAAAACUUUAUAACACCAAUAAUUACAAUAUGGAUAUAGCAAUGUUACACUUAACAUCUGCACUAACUGGUACUAAUAUCACACCAAUCGCUUUAGGCACAACAGCUCUCGCUGAUAAUGUCGUUGUAAAAGUUUGGGGUUGGGGUAUAGAUAAUUCUGGUUCCCAAUCUAAGGUUUUACGUGUUGUUGAUAUUAAAACUACGUCUAGAUCAUCAUGCUCUCGCUACUAUUCAUUAACUUCUUCAAAUUUCUGUGCAUUCACAAGCGGUAAGGAUGCUUGUUACGGAGAUUCUGGUGGUCCACUUACACAUAACAAUAAAUUAUAUGGACUUGUUUCAUAUGGUAUUGGUUGCGGAACAUACCCAGGUGUAUAUACAAGUAUUGCUUCAUCUGCAAUUCAAACAUUUAUUGCUAAUGGUAGGAAACGUUAGUUUGUGAAAAUAAAAACAUGUAGAAAAAUAAAUGAAUAAGAAAGUCAUGAACGUAAA